AUGUCGAGCUACGCCAAACUCAAGGAGAUGGCACUUAAGAAGGCCGAGGAGGAGCAAGCCGCGCUCAACAAGGAGCGGGAGCGCAAAGAGCGAGAGGCAGCCGUCAAAUUAGCCGCACGAGAAGCACAGGAGAGGGAGCAAAAGGAACGGGAGCGCAGGAUCUUGGUUCAGCGCAUGACUCGUCAGAAGGAGGAGGAAGCUCGCGAAAGGGUGCGUAAAGAGCAUGCUGUCAAGCUUCAACAGAACAAGGUGGCAAGCGACGACGGUGCAGCUAGAUCGACAUCCGCUUCAUCCUCCAAACAGUCGUUGUCCGGACUGACCAGACCCAAAAACAUCAAGGCACCCGGAUCCACUCACAAAGUCGACCUCUCUGAUCGGCUCAAAGCCAAUUCGAGCAACGGCAGUGCGGCGCGGAGGAAGCGCAAGGCCGACCAAGAUGAUUUUGUGGGAAAUCGCUUGGAGAAGAUCAGCGCAAGCAAGACGGAUCGCAAGGCGUCGUCUGCAUCUGCAAGUGCUCCAAAGAAGAAGGCAGUCCCCAUGACGCGCGAGGAGAAGCAAGCCAUCAAGCGUGCUAGAGAGUUUGGCUCCAUCCCCCGGCUGCCUCCCAUCGGCCGCCUCAGUGCAAGCUCGGAUUCGUCGAGAUCAAGCCCAAAUCUGGGCGUCGGAGAUGACAGUGCGGGACGACUUUGGGCACGUUCGCACCUCGCCAAGGACAACGGGCUCGUAGCGCUCGGCACAAAGAAGCGAGAUCAACGCUCGAUUGACGAGAUCGAGCGUGACCUCCGAAGGCUAAAGGACAGCAAGGCGAAAGGAAAGAGCGACGGCCCCUCGCAAGCCGAGCUCGAGCGCGAAGCCGCCCUGCUUCGAAGGCAGAAGGCCAUGGAAGAGAAACGAAGAAGCGAUCUGGAGGCUAGAGAGAGGGCAGCACUCAUAAAAGAGACCGACAGCGCCGACGAUUCGAAGGACGAUCUCUUUGGAUCCGAAGACGACGACGGAGUCAAGGUCGUGAAACGUACCAAAGCUGCUCCAUCGAAAACAAUCAACAAAAGCACAAGCCAUGUUCCCGCCAUCAAUACCCCUACGAAUGGCUCGAGCGGUGCAGCACAGCCAAAGGAGCCACGAUCAAUUGUAGGACGAGCUCCUGGAGGCAUCAACCCCGCCGACUUCCUGCCUGGUGCACCUCUUCGCCCAGAAGCGAUGGCACGACUCAGUCAAAAAGCGCGGACAGCGUCUAAUUCUGCAUCGAACCGCAAAUCGCCGGAUCCCGAUUCUGUAUCCAAAUCGAAGCGGCCGUCAUUCGAUUCAAAGGCAGCCUCACCCUCAGCUGCAGCAGCAAUUUCACCCGCUGCUCCACCGAAAAGAGAGACGGCACGGGAUCGCUUCAUCCGAGAACAGGAAGAACAGAAGAAGAUGGCAGCAGGCCUCGCCAACGGCCAUGAACGUAGAGGUGGUCGACUACGAUCACAGUCGCCCGAUGAGUACGAUAGCGAAGAGGGCGAUUACGAUGACGAGUACGACAGCGAGGGAAUCGAUGACGACGAAGAGGAUGGCAGCGGCGGUCGAGGAGGCAGUCAGAGCUAUCGCGACGAGAUCUGGAAGAUCUUUGGCAAGGACCGCAAAAAGUAUGCGAGCCGGAUCGUGGACAGCGACGACGAUAUGGAGGCGGACGCAGCUUCGGUUCUGCAGGAGGAGCUGAGAAGUUCAAAGCAGGCGCGCGAGGAAGACUUGCGAGAAGAGCAGUUGGAGAAGCAGCGCGAACGCGAAAAGCUGCUCCGCAAGCAAGGCUCCAAGCGUGGUUAG